GGCGCGUUCUUUACUGAGGGGGCAUCUCAUUUGGGCACGUGUGGACAUAUACUGUGGCUAGUCAUGGCGUCAAUAAGCAGUGAUCCACAACAUGAAGCUGAUCGGUGGAUUUCAUUCUUCGAGGCGGGUGGGCAACGAUUGCAGGUUCUGGUGAAUGUCCUAUCCACGACAGCCAAGGCUUGGCCAGAGGUCAAUGGGGGGGUGGCCUCGCUGGAGCAAUGGCUGGAGGGCAUGACUCAGUUCACCUUGGAAAUCAUUUGGGAAGCUGAGGAGGGGCCAGAUCCGCGAUUGGACAGGCUCAUCAAUUGGGGGCAGGCAAAUAUUUUGAUGGAGUGGUGUUAUGCGCUUUUUGAGGAGGCUCAUGACCUGCGAGCCGUGCUGGAAGAGCGUUCACAGGAGUGGUUCGCUGAGAGUGAAGACAGGUCAGGGUUGAGCAGCGGGCGUGUCUUCGGCAGCUAUGGCAAGCGUUAUGCUGUGGAGGCGGAACAAUUCUCAGAGAUGGACGUUCGCAGCUGCGGGCACGGUCUACGCGAAGAAGAGAUCGACGCUAUGGCAAUGACGGUGACUGUCAUCGGCGUCAGCACGAUGAGCGACAUGUCGUCGUCCUCACGCGACAUGCUGAUCCAGCUCCGUAAACGAAGAGCGCUGUUGCAGAGCGUUGCCGAAGCGUCGGAUUGCGCGGCCACGUGUGAGGCAGUCGUCCAGUUGUGUGUCGUGCUGUCGUCUGGCAUUUUUCCGCGGCAGACCCCACGUUGGUGGAUUAGACGACGGAUUGGCGGAACAUGGGAGGACCUCCGUCUGUGUGAUGACGCGACGGACGAGUACUACCGGCAGAAGUUGCGCAUGUCGAUGGCCAUGUUCACCCAGAUCGUAGCCGCGUGCACCACGUACGUGGAGAAGAAGGUCACGCACUAUAGGAUGCCAUUGCCAGUAGAGCAGGUGAUUGCUUUCGCGUUGUACAGGUGGGCGUCUGGAGAGACGUACGAGAGCGGCACGUCAGCCUUCGGCAUCGGCAGGGCAACUGGACUGCAGCCCGUCCGCGACGUCACUUCGGUGCUUCUGCAGGCGUACCUCAACGCGAUAAAGUGGCCAGUGGGCCGUAGACGUGCGCAGAUUCUGCACGCUUUCCGUGAGAAGGGUUUCCCAAACUGCUUCGGCGCAAUCGACUGUACACACAUCUACAUUGACAAGCGCGCCGACGCACCUUCGGACAACUACUACGGCCGAAAACAGAAGUUCUCCGUGCAGGCGCAGGUGGUGGUGGAUUUGGAUUUGCCGAUCCUCGACGUCCACGUUGGAUACCCGGGAAGUGUGCACGACGUCCGUGUCUUGCACAACUCCCAGUUGUGGAGGCGUGCAAAAACUGGCAAGCUGUUCGACGCACCUUCGGAGAAUCUGCCGCACGGUGUCGUCACGUGAGGUUACCUGCUGGGCGACAACG